AUGCCUGCGAAAGGGAAAAGUGACAUGGAGAGGGUUGGCCUCUUCAGUGAAAUGGGUUAUAUUACCAUUGGAGAUAAAUAUGUCUCACAUUACAUGCGCCCUUUUAAUGAAGCUGCGAGCAAGAACAAACAGAUGUUAUCUGGGGGAACCAAAACAUUGUCAGCUUUGCAAGCAGGUUAUUUUGAGCCUCGGUUUAUGAGGAUUUUUGAUGGUGAAGCCUACUCAAACCCUGUUCAGCUAAGGAGACGCCACAGAAUGGCUGAAUCAAAGAAAAAUUUGGGCAAAGCUUUCCUUCCCACCAAUGGAUACAAAUGGCCAUGUGGACUUGGCAGCUAUUAUGGAACCAUAGGAGGUUCGUUUGCACACUUCAGUCCACAGCUGAGAGACAGAGAAAGAUACGUUCCUCCUGGAAAGAAUUUUUAUACUAAUCCAGGGAAGAAGGGAACUGGAUAUGGUUACGCAAACCUUACCAUAGGUAAACGAUAUCUGCAUGAACCCGAUGGCUAUGAACUAGAAAGAAUAAAUGCGAAGAAAGCACAAGAGGAACACAAACGGUUGGUUAAAGGAGGGCCUUUCAAGCUAAAUCUAUAUCCUCGGGAGUAUUUCAACACAAAUCCCUAUUUUAAUGACAAACCUUUGCCGCCUGUGAAGAUGCCACCUCCAGAGAAGCCAAUUGUGCCUCCUUUCAAACCAAGUUCUCCUGCUAAAAAGUUGGGGGGGAUGAAAGGAGGCACAUUUGAUCCUUACCCAAGCCAUUCUGCUGACCCUUACAUAGUUAAAACGUCUAAGGCUGACACCGCUAACAAAGAAGGACGGAUUUUUCACCCCCCUCCUGGGCCAAAAAGCAGACCUGUUAGAAGCAUAAUAACUUUAAAUGUCAUGAGAUCAUUAAAUGUGAAGAACUACAAGACUGCACAGCUGACAUCUUAUUAG